AUGCGCGAUGACAUAUUUGAUGAUAAUUCGGCUUCUAUUGCGAGAUUUCUAGUGGAAACGGACCAGAAAUUCUCAAGGGAAACCCCUCGUCAGAAAAUUGUUAGGACUUCCGUUAGCAGAAGCAGAUCUUCUGUCAUUGUACCGACUUUGAUACUUGCCAUAGAUUUURAAAAUAUCGACAAACCACCCCUUGUCGAAACUAGAUUUGGAUUUGUCAYAGGAAAAUGGAGUAAAAGUUUCAAAGGAUUAAAUAUUGCYAAUUUUCUUGGUAUACCGUAUGCGGAACCACCAAUCGGUAAUCUACGAUUUCGUAAACCAAAAGCAUGGAAUCGUUCAUGGGACGUAUUGAAAGCACAAUCGGAUGGUCCAUCGUGUAUUCAGUUAAUCAAACUUAACACCACAGUUGGCUCAGAGGAUUGUCUUUAUUUAAACGUCUUCGUUCCAGCAAAUCGACCAGAUGYAAAACAUUCUAAACACCCUGUAUUAGUAUAUAUUUUCGGUGGAAAAUUUACUAAUGGUGACAGCAAUAGCAAAUAUUUCCAACCAACUUAUUGGGCCGAUCAGCUAGUUAUUCUAGUCGCUUUUAAUUAUCCAUUGGGUCCUUUCGGAUUUUUCAGUUUGGGUAAUGGUAUUGCCCCAGGUAAUUAUGGAUUAAAGGAUAUGGUGAUGGCCUUGAAAUGGAUACGACAAAACAUAGAAAGUUUCGGCGGCGAUCGAAAUUCCGUAACAAUGAUGGGUUCAAGUUCCGGUGCAGCUUCCAUUCAUAUUUUAGCAUUAUCGAAAAAAACUGAUGGGCUUUUCGAUAAAUAUAUAUUACAUAGUGGUACUGCAUUAGCACCAUGGGCAAUUAAUUCCAAAGAUAAAAUAAGAGAAAUUUCUGAAAGUACGGCCAAUUAUUUAGGUUGUCCAACAACAUUAGAYGUCACUAAUUAUUUAAUUAGUAACUCGAUCGUUAUAAAUGAUAAUAAUGUUAUUAAAAAAGAUUGGAAUUUUCAAAAUACAACCGAUACUUCGAAAACAAUUGAUUUAGAAACGAUUCAAUGUAUGAGAUCAUUUGAUGCCGAAUCUAUCUUGAUUGCACUGUCACAUCACUAUUCUCAACAUACCCAUCCGUAUUGCGUUUUUGUACCGACAAUCGAGGAUGAGUCGAGUGAAGCCAUUUUAACGAUGCACCCUAUAGAAAUAAUAGAAAAAAAACUUUUCCGUGAUAUACCCGGUAUAAUGGGAGUAGUUAAUGACGAAGGUUUACUCAAGACACGUGAUUUCUACGUGGACUCUGAGAAGCUUAGAAUAUUUGUAGAUAAAUUUAACACGAUACUUCCAAACUUUUUGGAAAUGCCAUACGAUGUUAACAAUUUACAUGGUUUYGUUAACGCCAUCAAAGAUUUUUAUUUUGACAACAAUAAUAUUAAUACACAAUUGCAAAAGAUCACGGAGAUGACAGGCGAUGGAAUAUUUACAUGGCCAACGUACAAAUCAAUUAGUUAUUUAUCGAAAGUCAUGAAAUCAAAUUUGUAUUUAUUUUAUUUUAAUUAUUUUGGAACAUUUAGUUAUACUCAAGAAUUUGGUUCAAAACCUCUAGGUAUCUCUCAUUCCGACGAUAUUAAAUAUUUGUUUCCACCAGCUAAAUACGAUUCAUCGUUUAUUACUAAAAGUGAUACAAUCAUGAUCCACGUGUUGAUAGAAUUAUGGUCAAAUUUUAUAAAAAAUGGGGUGCCGAGUACUUGGAGUGUACCCAAUUGGCCUGCGUAUCGUAAUCAUCACGAAUUCCUGGUUUUCAAUGGUAACCAAGAAGUUAAUAUAACGUUAGAGAAUCAUUUUUUAAUUGAAAGAAUGAACUUUUGGAAUAAUUUAAUGUACAAUUAUACUGACAAAUAUCCAAAAUGGUAUUUAUAUAACGAAAAUAUCAUCAAUGGUAAUAACGGUUGUUAUCAUAAAUAACGAAAUAUCUUUAUUUUUAAACUAUAUUGUUUACAA